UAACUGGGGGGCGGAAAGGGGCGGUGUGGCGGCGGCCGCGCGGCGCUCGGAUUCUGCUCGUCCCGUCGCGGCUGUCUGAUCCGCUCCGCCUGACGAUUCUGAGCGCCGACUUCCGUCGCCAUGUCGUCCGUGAGCCCUAUUCAGAUUCCCAGCCGCCUCCCGCUGCUGCUGACCCACGAGGGCGUGCUGCUGCCGGGCUCCACCAUGCGCACCAGCGUGGACACGGCCCGCAACCUGCAGCUGGUGCGGGGCCGCUUGCUGAAGGGCACGUCCCUGCAGAGCACCAUCCUGGGCGUCAUCCCCAACACGCCCGACCCGGCCAGCGACGCGCAGGACCUGCCGCCCCUGCACAGGAUUGGGACAGCUGCCCUGGCAGUUCAAGUUGUGGGCAGUAACUGGCCCAAGCCCCAUUACACUUUGCUGAUUACAGGCCUAUGCCGAUUCCAGAUUGUCCAGGUCUUAAAGGAGAAGCCCUAUCCUGUUGCUGAAGUGGAACAGUUAGACCGGCUUGAAGAAUUUCCCAACACCUGCAAAACUAGGGAGGAACUAGGAGAGCUGUCAGAACAAUUUUACAAAUAUGCAGUACAGUUGGUUGAAAUGUUGGAUAUGUCUGUUCCUGCAGUGGCUAAAUUGAGACGCCUUUUAGAUAGUCUUCCAAGAGAAGCUUUGCCAGAUAUUCUGACUUCAAUUAUCCGAACAAGCAACAAAGAAAAACUCCAGAUUUUAGAUGCUGUGAGCCUGGAAGAGCGGUUCAAGAUGACCAUCCCACUACUUGUCAGACAAAUCGAGGGCCUGAAAUUGCUUCAGAAAACCAGAAAACCCAAGCAAGAUGAUGAUAAGCGAGUUAUAGCAAUACGUCCUAUUAGAAGGAUUACACAUAUCCCUGGUAUUUUAGAAGAUGAAGAUGAGGAUGAAGAUAAUGAUGACAUCGUCAUGCUAGAAAAAAAAAUAAAAACAUCCAAUAUGCCAGAACAGGCCCAUAAAGUCUGUGUCAAAGAGAUAAAAAGACUCAAAAAAAUGCCUCAGUCGAUGCCAGAGUAUGCUCUGACUAGAAAUUAUUUGGAACUCAUGGUGGAACUUCCUUGGAAUAAAAGUACAACUGAUCGCCUGGACAUUAGGGCAGCUAGGAUUCUUCUGGAUAAUGAUCAUUAUGCCAUGGAAAAAUUGAAGAAAAGAGUUCUGGAAUAUUUGGCUGUUAGACAGCUGAAAAACAACCUGAAGGGUCCAAUUCUGUGCUUUGUUGGUCCUCCUGGAGUUGGCAAAACAAGUGUGGGAAGAUCUGUGGCCAAGACUCUAGGUCGAGAGUUCCACAGGAUUGCACUUGGAGGAGUGUGUGAUCAGUCGGAUAUUCGAGGACAUAGGCGCACCUAUGUUGGCAGUAUGCCUGGUCGCAUAAUCAAUGGCUUGAAGACUGUUGGAGUUAACAACCCAGUGUUCCUGUUAGAUGAAGUUGACAAGUUGGGGAAAAGUCUACAAGGUGAUCCUGCAGCUGCUCUGCUUGAGGUGUUGGAUCCUGAACAGAACCAUAACUUCACAGAUCAUUAUCUGAAUGUGGCCUUUGACCUUUCCCAAGUUCUUUUUAUAGCUACUGCCAAUACUACUGCUACUAUUCCACCUGCCUUGUUGGAUAGAAUGGAGAUCAUUCAGGUUCCAGGGUAUACACAGGAGGAGAAGAUUGAGAUUGCCCAUAGACACUUGAUCCCGAAGCAGCUGGAGCAGCACGGGCUGACUCCGCAGCAGAUCCAAAUCCCUCAGGCUACCACUCUUGCCAUCAUCACCAGGUAUACCAGAGAAGCAGGGGUUCGUUCUCUGGAUAGAAAAUUUGGGGCCAUAUGCCGAGCGGUUGCUGUGAAGGUCGCAGAAGGACAGCCCAAGGAAGCCAAGCUGGAUCGUUCUGAUGUGACUGAGGGAGAAGGUUUUAGAGAUCACAUCUUAGAAAAAGCCAUCAUCAGUCUCAUAAUUUUUCUUCUUUCUUCCAAGGUAUCUGAGCGUUUGAGUCAACCAGGAGUGGCAAUAGGUUUAGCUUGGACUCCAUUAGGCGGGAAAAUCAUGUUCGUAGAGGCAAGUCGAAUGGAUGGAGAAGGCCAGUUGACACUGACUGGCCAGCUAGGUGAUGUCAUGAAGGAGUCUGCUCACCUUGCUAUUAGCUGGCUUCGCAGCAAUGCAAAGAAAUACCACCUGACCAACGCCUUUGGAAGUUUUGAUCUUCUUGACAACACAGACAUCCAUCUGCACUUCCCAGCUGGAGCUGUCACAAAAGAUGGACCAUCUGCUGGUGUUACCAUAGUAACCUGUCUCGCCUCACUUUUUAGUGGGCGGCUGGUACGUUCAGAUGUAGCCAUGACUGGAGAAAUUACUCUGAGAGGCCUUGUUCUUCCAGUAGGUGGAAUUAAAGAUAAAGUGCUGGCCGCCCACCGAGCAGGACUGAAGCAAAUCAUCAUUCCUCAAAGGAACGAAAAAGACCUUGAAGAAAUCCCAAGCAAUGUGAAGCAGGAUUUAAGUUUUGUCACAGCAAGCUGCCUAGAUGACGUUCUUAAUGCCGCCUUUGAUGGUGGCUUUACUGUCAAGACCAGACCUGGUCUCAUCAAUAGCAAACUGUAAACCUAAAUCUCAAGCUGUUAGAAUUUUAAGCUAUGAAGUGCUAAAAGAUACUGACAAGGUUUGUCUUAUUCAU